AUUAACAUUUAAACAGGCACGUUUUUAUUUCAUUGUUUUUGAGUGUAUUUCGAAUAUUUAAUUUUUGUAUUUACUGUGUAUAUUUUUUGUAUUUAUUUAUUUAUUUAUUCGUCGCGGAAGUAUAUAUAAAAGCCUCAGAUAUAGCUUCAGUUCGAGCCAUUUUGUUAUUUCAUUGUCCCUUACUGCUUGGUGAGAGAAAAGGAAGAAAAGGAAGGAGAAGAAGAAGAAGAAGAAGAAUUUCAUAAGUUACAAGAAGCUAUAGAAAAAGAAAAUGAAGAGCUUUAUUUGCGUUGUAUUAAUUUUGUGCUUCUCAUCGAUCCACACACAAAAAUUAAGUACUGGUGAUGCGGCGCUAAUGAACGAACUAAGCAUAGUUCAGUAUAACGCUGCAAGCUAUUACAGAUAUGUGUCACAAUAUUUUCACGCGACAAAUUUGUUUGGAUUCAAGAAAUUCUUUAUGAAACUGUCUGAUUUAAAGUCUGAAAAUGCCAAGGAUAUAUUUCUAUAUAUCAGUGGCCGUAUCGAUCCACUGACAAAACCGCACGUGAGUAUAAAUACUAUUCGUUUUCUCUUUAUAGAUAUUGAGUGUAAACCAAAUCAUAGGCAGUUAAUGCCAAAAACAAUUGUGACGUCUGACUUCUUCGUUUCGCAUCCGCUUUCCAUGCUAGCAUGGGUUGGACGGUUCAACUGGGGUCUGGGAAGCCAGAAGGCUGCACCAGGCCCAGUCUGAUCUGGCAAUGUUUCUACGGCUGGAUGCCCUUCCUAACGC